UGUAAUUCUUCUCUAUCUCCUGCUCUUCUCUAUAAAACAUUAUAAUACUCAUCUCAUUCAUCUAUAACAAUGGCUACCAUUGACUCCCUUUUCAGAAAGAAAAAAGGCGCUUUAGCAGCAGCUGACGCGAAUUAUACCACGUCUGCCGUAACUGGUCCGUGUUUACUUGCGAAGAAACCCAUUACUCCAACAGUAACAUUACCCAAACAACAGAAACGUAGUUCAACAAAGAAAGUAUGCAGCAAUAGUAAAGAGAACAAUACUUCUAUCACCGAUUACUUUUUGCCUGCUGUAAGAGAAUUGCAAAAAAUGGAGAAUGUUGCAGAUGAAGAAGAGAUGACAAUUCCCAAAAUUCGCCCUACACAGCUAAUCUAUUUCGAACAGUUUGAGCAGAUCAUGAACGAAUUUAUAAACGAUGAUUUUUAUGACGUUGACCAAAACGAUGAUAGUACUUCUACUAGUUUUUCCGGAACCGUCAUGGUCAAAAGAAAACGAAGCUACAGUAACGAUAGCAAUGAUACAACGAAAAAGAGAGCUAUAGCCGAGCUCUCUGCAAUCUUCAGAAGCUCUCUUAGGUUAAACAGUUAUACAAACAACAAUAUACAGUCAAUGCCGUCUCCUGUAAAUCAAUCUGUAAUGAAUGCAACUAUUCCGCGUGCAUUUAUUACAGAAGUCGCUGACGAAACAGAAACGAAUGAAACUCAAGAGUACCCCCAUCAGCCAUCCAACGUUUGAUUAAUAAUAGAUACAAUAGUUUGUCAAUACCUUGUAUAUAUUAUACAUAUACCCUAUGCAAAAUGAAGUAUAAAUUACGGGUAUGUACAUAAGAAAUUGUAAUUCCUGCAGCACUACUCAUUUUCCACCAUACAUUAUCUCCUUUUAUCUGUCAAAUAUGGUAUUUGGCGCUAUACAUCUCGACUGCUAGUCUAUUUUAUUAUUGUACUGCUUUGCA